GCUGUAUCCAGAGCGAUCCUUCUGUCUAGGAGAGCACGUCAUCAUGCGUGUCCGUGAACCGGCAAAACUCAAGGUAACCACUGAGGCUGUGAGUCGCAAAGUCUAAGACGUAUGCUAUGUUACAGGUCUUACCAUACGAUCUCGAUACACUGUUACAGAAUCAGCGAAAUCAUGGAAGAACAGGCCUCGCUUGACGAUUACGUGCGUUGUGCAAACUGCGGGAAGAAAGGGAGCAGGGACAUGCCUCCUCUGCUGAGAUACACGGGAUGCCUUAGGAUAUCGUACUAUAGAGAGUUUUGCCAAAAGGAAAACUGGAAAACCCUGUGCAAAGACGGAUGCGAGAUUUUCAAAGAUCUUGACUGGUUUAAAACACUCGAUUGGGGAUCUUACGUUGAGAAAACGACGUCUGAUAGGGCCCAUCCUGCACAGAUCGUCUCUACGGAUAAGGCGGGACAAAACGAAAACUAUUUCUUCAACCCAGCCUGGUGCGACGCGGAACCGGUCUAUGUUCGACCUCUAAAAUCCAGCUUUUCCAUAGUCUCAGGUAUGUUGAACUGUUAAUCGCAGAACGAACAUCUCUAAUCUGCUCUCUCCAAGUGAAAUGCUCUGGGACGAACUUCCAUGUAUCGUAAGCGGAAUGAAAAACGUGAAGCGCGACAACCCGGACGAGCUGCGCGCAAGCCAACGGGGUCGGCAACGAUCGUCGGAGGGAUGGAUGUACCGAGUUGCAGCUCG